AUGAAAGACUUUGAAUUAAACCCAUUACAAAGAGCGAUGAGACUUUGGGUUACAUUGUAUUUGGCUGAUUUAAGAGACAAGAAUGAUUAUUAUAUCUAUGAAUCAUUAUCAAGGAGAGAAAUCAUUAGCAAAAAAGUUGAUACGCUUAACCAUCACAUUGGAAAUCUACUUUUCAACAAGGGGGGUCAAUACGGUUCUCUUAAUAUUCACUAUAACGAUUUAUUAAGCGGACCACAUUCUUUGUUUGAUAUCUGUGCGAUUAAAAAUCACCAACAAAGUUUGGUUGACGUCAAUAAAUUAUCGUUAGGACUCUUCAAUAGAAACAACAGCAUGAACCUAAUUCCGCCUAUAACGAUUAAUUUCAAAAGGCUUCAAAAUGUUCUAUCAAAAAAAAUUCAACAUUUACAAAUCUAUAUCGAUACAAAAAGAGAACAUUCCGAAUUAUCUAGAGACUUGAUCAAUUUCAUUCAAUCUCAGAGACAAUUAAAAUCUUUAUCAGCUAACGUUUUUUGGAAGGCCGAUGAAACUAGAUCAUUUCUCCACGCCCUACAAAAGCACUCAACAUCUUUAACUUUUCUUAGAAUAGAAGACGAAUAUAGUCCAAUUUUGUCCAAUCAACUCUUAUUAUCCAUAUUAAAUUUAUUACCAAAUUUAGUUACACUUGAACUCCCGAUGAUUUCUAAUGAAAAAGUUUCACCAAAUCUUUCGGUUCCCCCCAGAUGUUUCUUUAAUUUAGAACACCUACAUUAUUAUGAGAAUUUAUUUAUCAACAAUGGGAAACCUGACAGAAUAAGACCGAUUCCAAUCGCACUUUAUAAACAAAUCCUUUUAUCAACAAGUAACAAUUUGAAAUCCCUCAAAAUCCAGUAUAUUUAUUGCUCUUUAAUUAAAGAAAUUCAAGAAGAGGGUCUUUUGAAUAUCACUCAUUUUCAUAUUGAGGCGGAUCGCACUUCUUGUCCAAGCUGGUUAAUGAGUUUAUUAAAUAACCUGAAUAAAUUAGUUCAUUUCAAAUUGACGAUGCUCAUUAGUUGUUCUGAAUAUUUUGACAAUGAUUUUGUUCAUGUGUUGAAUAACAUCAAAACAUUUGAAAAGUUUUCUCGAGCACUUUCAAGCUCAUUAGAAACAUUAGAAGUGAACUUCCCCAUCGUAGAAGAAUGUUUAAAAGUAUUAUUAUCGGAAUCUAAAUGCAAACUUCGGCAUAUUAGGUUUUAUAAUGAUUGUUAUCAUAAUUUGGAUUCUUUUUUGAAAUAUCCCGACAACUUCUUAAGAAUUUUAAUAGAUUAUGCACAAGGAGGUUCUCUUAGAGAAGUCGGCAUCGCUAUUCGAUACACCUUCUCAAAACGAUAUAUUGAAGAGGCGCAGCGUUACUUUAGUAUAGUGAUGCUCAACGGUUAUGAAAUCGAUAACCCAUUCUAUAAUGUCCCAAUUAAAAAUACCACCUGGAGCAAUAGAAUUACGAAUUUCCCAAGAAUUUCGCGUUGGAUGAUGGUUUAA